AGUCACGAUUAGUUCCCAAUUUAGAAUUUUAGAUUUAGGGUUCCUCUUCCUCGAUCCUCAGUUCCUCUCCUCUGCGUCUGCGAGCUGUUACUGCGAACUGUGCGACUGUUCCUCUUCGGUUCUUCCUCAGCUCUGUGCGACUGCGACUGCGACCCAUUAAAGAGACCCAUUUACCCGGAAAAAAAAAAAGAACAGCGUAACCCCAAUAAGAGCUACAGAAAAACCCUACCUUUCCACUCUUCGUAUGCGUGCACAUUGCCUCUAUCGCUAAGCUCACACUUCUGCUUUCAGCUUCAAAGGUGGCUAUCUCUCUCCUAUACGCACCAUUCCAUAUUGAACACAGAAAGAAAGCUAAACAAAGAGAAGAGAGUUCCAAUCAUGGUGGACGUUACGUCUAUGGGAGAAAUCACAGCCAUAGCCGCUAGGAUUGGUGUGGAUCUUUCCCAAAUCGAUCUUGACUCCAUUCAUCUUCCUCCUGGUGAAGAUUGUGGCAUACCCAGUGAUGAUGAUGACUUAAUGGAGGAGGACCCCUUGGAGUUUGAUGCUGGUUUUGGGAACAUACUGGUGGUGGACAAUCUUCCUGUGGUGCCCAAAGAGAAAUUUGAGAAGUUGGAAGGAGUAGUUCGGAAAAUUUACAGCCAACUUGGUGUUAUUAAGGAGGAUGGUCUCUGGAUGCCUGUUGAUCCUGAGACUCAGAAAACCCUUGGGUACUGCUUCAUCGAGUAUAAUACUCCUCAGGAAGCUGAGCUGAGUAAGGAGAAGACACAUGGAUACAAGUUAGAUAGGUCGCAUAUAUUUGCUGUUAACAUGUUUGAUGACAUUGAGAAAUUCCUGAAAGUUCCCGAUGAAUGGGCUCCACCAGAGAUCAAGCCUUAUGUUCCCGGGGAGAAUCUGCAACAGUGGCUUACUGAUGAGAAAGCUCGAGACCAGUUUGUGAUUCGGGCUGGCAAUGACACAGAGGUCCUCUGGAAUGAUGCAAGACAGUUGAAGCCUGAGCUUGUUUACAAACGUUCUUUCUGGACUGAGAGUUUUGUUCAAUGGUCCCCUCUGGGAACGUAUUUGGCAACAGUUCACAGACAAGGUGCUGCAAUUUGGGGUGGUGCCACCACUUUCAACCGUCUGAUGCGAUAUGCACAUCCACAGGUAAAGCUGAUUGAUUUCUCCCCUGGUGAGAGAUAUCUGGUGACAUACAGCAGCCACGAACCAAGUAACCCUCGUGACACUCAUAGGGUUGUGCUAAAUAUUUUUGAUGUGAGAACUGGGAAAGUGAUGAGAGAUUUCAAGGGAAGUGCCGAUGAAUUUGCAGUUGGAGGAACUGGAGGUGUUACUGGUGUGUCGUGGCCAGUUUUUAGGUGGAGUGGUGGUAAAGAAGACAAGUACUUUGCAAGAAUAGGAAAGAAUAUCAUCUCUGUUUAUGAAACAGAGACUUUCUCUCUUAUUGACAAGAAAUCUAUCAAGGUUGAAAAUGUUAUGGAUUUUAGCUGGUCGCCAGCAGAUCCAAUUCUUGCACUUUUUGUUCCUGAAUGCGGAAAUCAACCUGCCAGGGUCAGUCUUGUGCAAAUCCCAAGCAAAGAGGAGUUGAGGCAGAAGAAUCUCUUCAGCGUUAGUGAUUGCAAAAUGUAUUGGCAAAGCAAUGGAGACUACCUUGCUGUCAAAGUUGACCGGUACACGAAGACUAAGAAAAGCACUUACACUGGUUUUGAGCUGUUCAGAAUCAAAGAACGGGACAUUCCGAUUGAGGUUUUGGAGCUUGACAACAAGAACGACAAAAUCAUUGCAUUUGCCUGGGAGCCAAAGGGUCACAGAUUUGCUGUUAUCCAUGGCGACAACCCUAGGCCAGACAUCAGUUUCUACUCUGUGCGGUCUGGCACUAACACGGGCCGUGUUUCAAAGCUGACAACUCUUAAGGGAAAGCAGGCUAAUGCUCUCUACUGGUCACCUGGAGGCCGCUUCCUUAUUUUGGCUGGACUGAAAGGUUUCAAUGGGCAGUUGGAAUUCUUUGAUGUUGAUGAGCUUGAAACCAUGGCAUCUGCUGAGCAUUUUAUGGCUACAGAUGUUGAAUGGGAUCCUACUGGAAGGUAUGUAGCAACAUCUGUUACCUCAGUUCAUGAGAUGGAAAAUGGAUUCAACAUUUGGUCUUUCAAUGGAAAGCUGUUGUAUAGGAUACUUAAGGAUCAUUUCUUCCAGUAUUUGUGGCGCCCCAGGCCACCAUCUUUCUUGAGCAAGGAGAAAGAGGAAGAGAUCGCUAAGAACUUGAAGAGAUACAGCAAGAAGUAUGAGGCAGAGGAUCAGGAUGUUUCAUUGCAAUUGAGUGAGCAAGAUCGUGAAAAGCGGAAGAAGUUGAAAGAAGAAUGGGAAGCAUGGAUUAACGAGUGGAAGCGGCUGCACGAAGAGGAGAAAAUGGAGAGGGAGAAGUUGCGUGAUGGAGAAGCCAGUGACGAAGAGGAGGAAUACGAGGCAAAGGAAGUUGAAGUUGAGGAAAUAAUAAAUGUUACUGAGGAGAUUAUUCCUUUUGAAGAGAGCCAACAGUGAAUUCAAGAGUUUGAGAAGCCCUGUCCAACAUUUUCUGCGAGAGCCUGCUAUAAGGAGAAGCGAACUGAGAGCUUUAGGUAGGAUAUUUGGUUAAAAACUUUGUUUUCUUUUUGUUUCUUUUUCCAACUCAUUUUCUUUUAUUUCCUUUGUUGAGUAGACUAUACGAAGUUUUGUCUGUUAACUAGACUAGCCGAAAAUUGCUGUUACAAUGGGCAAUGAAUUUGAUUACAGAGACUUGAUUAUUUUGUUGGGUA